CAGACAACAUUUAAUCGAAGGAAACCACGAGGGAGAACUAGUCUCCCUGGCAAUAGUAGACGAUAAAGUGUAUGUUCUACCAGACAAAGGAACAGGAUAUGUAACAGAUAAAAGAGAAUUCACAGGGGAUCAAUGGAGAUGUCUAACUGUGUUAGAAGCUGCAUUGUUGGCCGAAAAUAAGCCAAUGUAUCUACCAGGUUACGGUCCGAAGAGUCCAAUGUCAACAACAGCUGUAAUCGAGUAUAGGUCAAGGAACAUGAACAAAGACUUGGGAAACACGGAGGCGAGGGCCACAGGCGAGUCCAAGUCAAGCAAAUUGACUGGAGGCGAGACGAAUGGCGGCGAGAUAAGUGCAGGCGGGAAAAACACAGAUGAUGAAACAGUUGAGCCUAACGGCAACAAGACUGUCAAGACAGUUUCUGUAGACAUACAGCUGGCUGAGCUGAAGAGCAUGGUGGAAAAAUUGUGCAACUCAAAUAUAACUUCAACAAAGGCACUGUAUGAAAGUUUAACAGAGAACAGAAACCAGUUGAAAAUAAAUGCUGAGGCGAGAGCAAAAGAUAAAAAGGAAGUACAGGAGCUGUUGAGUGCCCUGGACAAAAAGCACAACGAUAAAAUAGAAGAAGUAAAAAGAACUUUCAAUGAAUAUCGCACUAAUGUCGAAUCAUCAAUUAAGGUAACAACAAACAAGAAAAAAUUAGACGGAGGAGUGGCGUCAAAUGAGCAUACGAAUCUAGAAAAUCAAAUUAGUUCAAUAGUCAAUAAGCAGAUUAAUGAAAUUAAUCAGACAAAGUCAAGUCAAGGAAACAAUCAAAAUCCGUUGAAACAAUUAACUAGCGAGGUAACAAAUAAAUUACAAAUAGAAUUGCUUAACAAAGGAAUGAGCUUUAAAAGAGAUUAUAAAAUGGACAGCAAAAUGAACCGAGACGAUUUGGUGAAGGGGAAAUGCAUCAAUGAGGAGACGGUUUAUGUGGUAUCUCUAAUACAUGGAAGGGAGGAGUUCUCUCUUCUUCAUUUGUUAGGACACACCCAGGGAAAGACUUCUGGGAGAAAAGUCUGGGAAGUUUGA